UAUGUUGUUGAAUCAGAGUUCAAAUGAACCCGCACUCCCCAAGAGCGCGCUCACACACUGAAUCCGCGUCACUUCAGCUCGCGCCGCGUGUCGGACCAGUUCUGCUGCAUCUCCGCAGAGCGAGGAACUACAGUAAACAAACUGUACUGAAACCCCAUACUGAAGCUCAGAAUCAGAAAAUGACAUCUAAAAAGCAGAGUUUACUGAGAGAAGCGUCUCAUCAGAUCAUAGCUGGCGGAUCUGCAGGUCUUGUGGAGAUUUGCUUGAUGCACCCAUUGGAUGUUGUGAAGACCAGGUUUCAAAUCCAAAGAGGCAAGGCUGACCCAAAUAGCUAUAAAGGCCUUGGAGACUGUUUCAGAACUAUAUUUCGCACUGAGGGAGUGUACGGCUUCUACAAGGGAAUCCUUCCCCCCAUUUUGGCCGAGACCCCAAAGAGAGCAGUGAAGUUUUUUACUUUUGAGCAGUACAAGAAGCUGUUGAGCUUUACUCCUAUAUCACCCGGAAUGGCUCUCUCUGUGGCUGGCCUGGGGUCAGGGUUAACCGAGGCUCUGGUUGUAAAUCCAUUUGAAGUAGUGAAAGUGAGCCUACAGGCCAACAGGGAUUCAUUCAAAGUGCAACCAUCUACAUUUGCACAGGCCAGAACCAUUAUAAACACAGGCGGCUUUGGUCUCCGUGGGCUUAAUAAGGGCCUGACCUCCACCCUAGGACGGCAUGGCGUUUUCAACAUGAUCUACUUUGGUUUCUACUUUAACGUUAAAGAUGCCAUACCUGCCAGUCAGGACCCUCGACUGGAAUUCAUGAGGAAGUUUGCUAUCGGUUUGGUGUCAGGAACGGUCUCAUCCUGCGUGAACAUUCCUUUCGAUGUCGCUAAAAGCCGUAUCCAGGGUCCUCAGCCUGUUCCAGGGGAGAUCAAGUACCGCAGCUGUUUUCAGAGCAUGGCUCUUGUGUACCGUGAGGAGGGAUAUCUUGCCUUAUACAAAGGACUGAUUCCCAAGAUAAUGAGACUUGGACCAGGAGGCGCAGUCAUGCUGUUGGUUUAUGAAUACGUAUCUGGCUGGCUGCAGAAGAACUGGUGAUCAUCUGCACAUCACCAUCAGUCUGUACCCCAUCCCUUCCAGGUCGAUCAAACACAAUGCCACGAUUGUUCCUCAACAAUCAACACUACCAACCACAUUCAAAAUCACAGCUCCUCAGACAUUUGACAUGUAGACUUU